AUGUAUGCUUUUAGAAUACAGAAAGGUGAAAGAACUAGGUCUUCCUUGCGUUUGAAGCAAUUACAAGAUGAAUGGCAUAUUAGUCCCCAACUUUUGCGCCUUUUCACUUUGAACUCUGACAUUUCUUCCACACCAUUUUUUCCUUGUAUAUUGUCCCAGAUUGAACUGAAAACGGCCCCAGCUGACUUUCUUUUCCGUACAACAAAUCAAACUAGACAUCGUUUCGGCCGCUACAUUGAGUUUCACAGGUGCUUGGCUGCAAAGGAUGAAGAGUCAUCAUGCGAAAAAUUUGCCUAAUACUACCGUUCUCUUUGUCCUGGUGAAUGGAUUGAGAAUUGGAAUGAACAGAGGGAGCAUGGUACUUUCCUGUGUCCUCUGUGA